GCGUGUUCUGUGCCGUCACCGUCACCUACGUUAUUUUUCUUGUUUUUCCCUUCUUAAACUAAAGAAGCAAAGUGCAAGGAUCCUGUUUGAUCUCUCUGAAUCUGCAUGAAUUACACCUCUCAGAACCUGCUUUUACCACCAGAGGUGGGUAAGAUUAAUUGAAGUGAACUGACAGGAGCAUAACUUCUGCAAAUGGGUCAAGAUUGUUUGUCCUCGAUUAAGCUGGAAACAAAGAAAUUGUUAUGGCUCAUAAGCUUUACAUUCGCAUUGAUUCUGGCAUUUCAGUAUUUUGAACUUCCAUAUGGUAACGUGCUACUCAAUGUAUUCCAUAGCAGUAAGAUUCCAGAGUCAGGAGCUAGUCCCGAUCAGACUGCACAACCACCGUCUAAUUCUGAAAUAUCUGACAAAAUGACAAGUUUGAUUAAGCCAAACUCUACUAAUGGAGACGCCUUGGAGAUGGCAAAUAACACAAGCACCUUUGAGGAACAGAAAACAGCUACAAAUUUUGGUUUUGUCUUGAAGCCCCAAGUGGAAUCAAACAGAUCUUCUAUACUUAAUGAGUCUUACAAAGUUCCUGGGGAGGACAAUAUUAAGAAAUCGGACAAUGGAUCUGCAAAGAAGCAAGCAGGAAGGUUUGACCGCAUCAUUUAUAAUUUUACCAUGGGUUCAAAUAAUUUGACACACAGUUCUAGAGAAGAAAACGCUCCAUCUAGAUCACCACAAAAUACUAGAAGUUCAUACACUAAUACUCUGUCCCUUCCUCCCGCAAUGCAACCCAAACAUCCAAUAGUAGUGGACCCAAAUAAUACAACUUCAGGAUUAUCAAUUGAUUCCAAGUCAAACAUAUCUUCAGUUCAGAAAGAAAACAUAGCAAAACAGGAUGGAGUCUUAAAGCCAUUACAAAAUGAUGACAAUGCACAAGGCAAGAGUUCCUCUAUCAGCAAUAAAGAUUCUCAUAAGCUAAUUCCCGAAGUAACAUCAAUAUCUGAAAUGAAGAAGUUACUGCUUCAGAGUCAUGCCUCAUACCGUUCUAUGAGGCCGCUGUGGUCCUCUGCAGUCGAUCAAGAGCUGUUGCAGGCCAGAUCAGAGAUUGAAAAUGCACCUAUUGUGAAGGAUGAUCCAAGUCUAUAUGCUCCCCUAUACCACAAUUUUUCAUUGUUCAAGAGGAGCUAUGAAUUAAUGGAGGAGACUCUCAAAGUGCAUGUAUAUGGAGAAGGAGCAAGACCCGUUUUGCAUUCACCAUUUCUGACAGGAAUAUAUGCUUCUGAGGGAUGGUUCAUGAAAGUGAUGGAAGCUAAUAAAAGAUUUGUUACUGAAGACCCAAAGAAAGCCCACCUAUUUUACCUACCAUUUAGUUCUCGAAUGCUAGAGGAAGCUUUGUAUGUAAAGAAUUCACAUAGUCACAAGAACUUAAUCGAGUAUCUGAAUAAUUAUGUUGACACGAUUGGGGGAAAGUAUCCCUUCUGGAACAGAACACGAGGAGCUGAUCAUUUUCUAGUUGCUUGCCAUGACUGGGCCCCUGCAGAAACAAGGGAGGGCAUGUCUAAUUGCAUUAAAGCUCUGUGCAAUGCAGAUGUCAAAGAAGGGUUUGUGUUUGGAAAGGACGUGUCUCUUCCUGAAACAUUUGUGAUCAAUUCUCGGAACCCAACGAAAGACCUCGGGGGAUUUCGAGUUUCCAGAAGGCCAAAUCUGGCCUUCUUUGCAGGGAGUAUGCACGGGUAUGUUAGGCCAAUUCUGUUGAAGUACUGGGAAAAUAAAGAUGCUGACAUGAAAAUAUUUGGGAAGUUGCCCAAGUCCAGGGGGAAUAGGGACUACAUCCACUACAUGAAGAGCAGUAAAUACUGCAUAUGUGCUAAAGGCUAUGAAGUAAACAGUCCAAGAGUUGUGGAGGCCAUCUUUUACGAGUGUGUUCCAGUCAUUAUAUCAGAUAAUUUUGUGCCACCUUUUUUUGAAGUAUUGAAUUGGGAAUCCUUUGCUGUUUUUGUGCUGGAGAAAGACAUUCCAAAUUUGAAGAGUAUACUGCUUUCCAUCCCUAUAAAGACCUAUCUUCGAAUGCAGAUGAGGGUCAAAAAGGUGCAGCAGCAUUUCCUUUGGCAUGCGAAUCCUGUCAAGUACGAUAUAUUUCACAUGACACUUCAUUCUGUUUGGUAUAACAGAGUCUUCUCCAUAACUGCGGCAUAAGUGUUACAGAUAAAGCUCAAGUUGAUUCAUCCAGUAUAAUUGCUUUGAAGGUCUGGCAUAAAUAUGAAUUUCUCAACGUCUUUCUUCCGUACUGAUUGCUAAGUUGGUGGAGAUUUACUGUGUUAUCAAUACAAGGGUUCCAGAAUUAUUGUGAAAUAAGUUUAUUAAAUUUCACGGAGAUAACCCGUAUAUAACUGUGUUGUCCGUGACA